CUUCUCCUGGAUCCAGUAUAGUCCUUCUCCGAGGGAUUUAUGCGCGUACCAGUCCGUGGCAGACAUCCCAGGUCAUGCACUUGGCGACGCGUAAUAACAAAGCUGUCAAUUGCCGCUGUUCUGCUACACACAGGUUAUCGUGUGUUGGAAGCAGUAGCCCACUCAUAGUGCAGACAUGGCUGGUGGUAAAGGCCGUGGUAUAGCUGCCUUCAGCUUCAACAUCGAAUCCCUGGGCCUCAGCAGGGGGAAUAUGCCUCAGACCAGAGAGGGGCCCAACAAGCUGUAUCCAGAUGUGGAGUUCAAGCCUGUGCCGUUGAAAGAGGGAGAAGAUGAGGACUACAUGCUAGCCCUGAAACAGGAGAUAAGGGGAACCAUGAGACUACUACCCCACAACAUCAAGCCUCUGGCUGGGAAAGGAGAUGUUGAAAGAUACAAGGAGAGGUAUCAGAGGCAAAACAUGUUGGAUGAGUGGACACCAGACUGGCAGCUUUUUCCAAAAGAGCUGAUGCCUCAAAAGAAAAAGUUGAAUGUAAAACCAGUAGGCGCAAAGAAGAAACCCAUAAAGGUAUCAAGCAAAGAAAAAGCAGAUGUACUCAGUAAAUUAGAUGAACUUGAAAAGAAAGACGAUGUAAAAUCAGACGAGGAGAAAGAAGAAAAGAAAACUACAGAGGAAGGAGAGGAGGAAGAAAUUGGAGAGGAGUUGGAAGAGGAGGAAUUAGAAGAGGAAAAUGACUACAUUGCCAGCUACUUUGAAGAUGGUGAUGAUUUUGGUGCAGGCAGUGAUGAGAACAUGGAUGAAGGAGCCACAUAUUAACCUCAACUGUAUGGAUGUUAUCUCAAGAGCAUACAGUAUUUAAAAAUCCAAAAGAAUGUUGACUGUCACUCUUCCAAAUGUAUUUCCCCUGCAAAUCAUGAUUUAUUGUUUACCAAAUAGCUGUGACUAACACUGUCAUCAAGUUCAUAUUUUGUUUGAACCUACAUUUACAAUGUGAGAAUCAUAAAGAUGUUUGAGUGUAAAUGGCUCUUUUGUAAAUAAUUGUAUAAACAAACGUGCAAAGUC